CGGGGGCCCCCGUCCUGCUGCAGCAGCAGCACCACUCGCAGUCAAGCAGCGGGACUCCAGGCUCUCACUUCCCCAGCUGCUGACGUCAGCUGGCAGCCUGGGCUGUGCUCGCCGCUCCGCACAUAGCGCCGAGAAAAAUGCUGCUCUCCGUACCGCCAAGGGCAGGAAUCAACCCAUACAACGGCUAUAACAGCAGAAACAGCAAAAAGCAGGCCUAUGUGUCCUCCGGCCACCAGAUGGCGCCCCCCAGUCCCAACACCAACAGCAGCAGCAACAGCAGCAGCGGGGGAGGGGAACAGCUGAGUAAAACGAACCUGUAUAUCCGCGGCCUCCAUCCGGGAACCACGGACCAAGACCUGGUCAAACUCUGCCAACCGUACGGCAAGAUUGUGUCGACCAAGGCCAUCUUGGAUAAAACCACCAACAAAUGUAAAGGGUAUGGCUUUGUGGACUUUGACAGUCCAGCAGCGGCACAGAAAGCUGUUACAGCUCUGAAGUCCAGCGGGGUCCAGGCUCAGAUGGCCAAACAACAGGAGCAGGACCCCACCAACCUCUACAUAUCCAACCUGCCAGUGUCCAUGGAUGAGCAAGAGCUGGAGAGCAUGCUCAAGUCCUUUGGCCAGGUCAUUUCCACACGUAUCCUGAGAGAUGCCAACGGGACCAGCCGUGGUGUGGGAUUUGCCAGAAUGGAGUCUACAGAGAAGUGCGAGGCCAUAAUUCAGCAUUUCAACGGGAAAUUCAUAAAGACUCCACCAGGAGUGCCUGUGCCCACAGAGCCCUUAUUAUGUAAGUUUGCCGACGGAGGUCAGAAGAAGAGGCAGAACCAGGGGAAGUACCUCCAGAAUGGAAGGCCCUGGGCUAGAGACGGAGACACGGGAGGAAUGACGCUUGCGUAUGACCCCACAGCCUUACAAAAUGGCUUCUACUCCUCACCCUACAGUCUGGCUCCAAACCGAAUGAUCGCCCAGACUUCCCUCUCACCCUACAUGCAUUCUCCAGUCUCUUCCUACCAGGUACACAGCCCGUCCUGGAUGCACCAUCAGUCAUACCUCAUGCAGCCAGCUGGUACAGUUCUUACCCCAACAAUGGAUCACGCUAUGUCCAUCCAGCCCACGUCCAUGAUGGGUCCUCUUACCCAGCAGCUAAGCCACCUGUCCCUGGGCAGCACGGGCACAUAUAUUCCGGCCAACACAACUAUGCAGGGGACCUACAUCCCCCAGUACACCCCAGUGCCUCCCUCCAGUGUCCCAGUAGAGGAAAAUGGCGGUCAGCAGCAACAGGUUGCCAUGGAUACUCCUGCAGAGCACACAAACUACUCGUACCAACACACCAAGUGAAGCUAAGCUCCCUGCAGGGUGGGGCUGAGGGCACGAAAUGAAUCCAACCAAACAGGAUUCAGCUGGAAGAGAUCUGUGCUCCAUACCAUCACCAAGCACCCGGACUUGAACAUGGAUAACAAAAGGAACGUGUGUGUGUGUGUGUUUUUGUUUGUCUGUUUGUUUGUUUGUUUUUGUUUUUUGGGUUGUUUGUUUGUGUGCGAAUGUGUGUAUGUCUGUAAUUUUUUUUUUUUUUUUUUAAGAAAAAGGACAACACUUAACUUCAUUGGACUUUUCUGCUCACAUCCUCAAGAGUUGAUCAACCAAAGGUGGGAAUCUUCUUCAGAGAAGCUUUGAUCUAUUUUGAUAACUGAAAAAGGAACAUAACAAGAAGUUUAAAAAAAAAAAAAACACAGAAAAAAAAAACUUAAGAGGGGAGGAAAAGACACAGAGCAUUAUUUUUGUGCACGUAAUAUAACAAAUUCUUAUUUUUAAAAAAGCAUUCUGGACGUUUCAGAGUGAUUCAAGGAAGAGUUGAAACACAAUGUGUCUUUUAUUUUUUUGUAAAAUAUGCAAACUUUUAUUUUUAUUUCCUGAUGUCUGUUGUUUGACAUUCUAUUUGCAGCAGCGGGGGCAAAAAUUUGUACAGAUUUAAAAACUUGCAAACACUUUUGCUGGUCUGAUGUGUUGAGUCAUUGUCAACUGUGGGAGGCAAACCGUUUAAAGCUACUUCUUCCUGUAACUGCUGCAGAGAUUUCUAUUCACGCACAGAUGAUAAUAACAUUGACUGUUUAUAGUUUAGUCAAAUUCCUUUUUUUUUUUUUUUUUUUUUUUUUUUUAAUUUUAAACCAUUCUUUCAUAAGUGAACAAAAGACAAUCAAUUAUUUCUAUUUAUAUUUGAAUUAUAGUUCUAUUUUUUAGAGUUUUUAGAUCAUUGAAACAUUUAUAGAAAAGAAGUUAUUUAAUACUGUAGUCUGUAAAGACAAGAUGAAAUUGACUUUAAUGGAUCUUUACUCCACACAUUAAUGAUGAGCUCUGAUAUUUGGCUCAUGGAAAUUAUUCUUAGGUUUUUUUUUUUCUUUGGUUGGAUGACUUCUAAUUCAGUUCAAGUCCUUUGUGCACCAUCGAAAGACAACAACAAAAAUGACACCUGUUCAUACAAAUAGUCGUCCUGCUCUGUUAUGAUGUAACUCCACGUUGCAUCCGUGUCCAUGAGAAGUGGUUUUAAGCGGUUUUGUUGUGGCAAACCUUCAGGUAUCAUUAAAAUUCAUCCUCGUGCCGUCGAAGGGAUGAAGUGAACAUGCUUUAGAUCUGAGCAGUUAGAUUACUGAGACGUAAUGUGUACAAAGAACAAUGCAGUUACUAAAUUAAGACGUAGCUUAGCAGAAAGCAAUGAGGGAAAUCAAAUAGAAGACUCGCAAAAUCCCUGAGAAUAAUUUGUCCGACAGGAAAGGGAGCUGUAAGUCUUUUUGUUUUUCAAUGCUGCUGUUGUCACCUGAGUUUGAUUUUCUGUCAGUGAUUUUUAGUUUGUAGAAAGUUAAAUGUCUUCUGUUUUUUUCUUUUUUUUUUUUUUCUCUUGUCUGUCACUUGAAAACCUUUGUGAUAAUUUGCCUUAUUUUUUGGAUGAAUUUAUCUUUGAAGUAGAUUUAGAUUUUAGCUGUAGAUCUUAGCUUUUCCUAGAGAGUAGAUGUUAGCUUUUCUCCACGUAGGGAUUGAUGCUGUUUUCUUGUGCACAUCGAGUUUUGUUUUACACACGAAUUUCCGUUCCCAUCCUUGUGUCGUCUUGUCCUGAUACUGUGUCGGGCCUGUUUGUAGAAAGUCUUUUUUUUUUCAGAGUGGAGAGCUGAACCAAACAAUGACUUCAUUUUUAGUGCUGAUCCAAAAAGAUUCAUACUGACGCCGCAUCAGUGUUGUGGCUCCGAGAGGCUUCAUUACACACAAGCCCGGGUAUGUUUCGGUUUCAGUCGAGUGAAGCUCAUGUCACCACAUACAGUACAUCCAAAUAUGUUGAACUUUAAUUUAUACAGACAUCAAAAAACUGUAGAUAUGUAGAUAAUAGAAAUAAUGGUUUUACAAAGGACUGCUCACUAGACCAUGGAAGUGCCAUUAAAGACGAUUCUUACAGCCUUUAGUGAGACAGCAAAGUCUGAAUGAAUUUGUGAGUGAUCCAAAAUUCAGCAAAAACUAUUUUUAGCUAAGCCUUAAUGUUUUUUCUCUGGAUGAACUGCCUGAUCUCUCAUAGGAUUGACACUAAGUUGUAUAUACUACGGAAAUGGCAACAGGCUUGUUUGAAUGCCACCGAGUUAGUCGUCCUGUCAGUCGAGUUAGCUGUAGGGUUACGAGGAGCCUUUCUUCCUGCUCUUCAACUGUUCGUGUUUGAAUCCAGUGAAAAACACAGCGUGAUACCGUCUUUUUCUCAAGGCUCGCAGUUUAAUGAUUCUGUUUCUGACUCUGUAUUGUCUUUGGAUUUUGUUUUUUCACACAUCAUCUUUUUUUUUUCUUUUUGCUGUGUGUUUCUGUUGUUCAAUUCUGCAACCAAAGAUGUUGUAGCCACCCUUCUUUUAGCUCUCGGUCGCAGGUAAACUACGCUCAUCCAUAGACGAUCAUCUGUUGUGUGUGGCUAGAUGAAAAAAAAAAAAAAAAACAUUUUGACUGGUUCUGAUAGAUUCAGAAAGAGAGAGAUCACAAUAACGGUGUUUACAUGCAGGAAAUAUUCCACAUUAUGACAGUCGAGAGGUUUUGUGAGAGCAUUUUCUGGGCACUAAAGUAUCAAGUAUUUUGGCAGAUUUUUCAAAACGAACAACUAAAAAAAAAAUGAUCUGGUUUUGUUUACAUGCAUCAACAGAACUGAGUUUCCGUCAGUUUAUGUAAUGGAGUGUUGGAGUGCAUGUAAACAGACUCAUUAUGAACUUUAUUGGCUUCAGCAGACGCCCAGCAGGAACACAGAGCGCAGCUUUUAUGAGGGUGAGAGUUUUCAGACACGAGAGCUAAUUUUGUAAAUAGUCUUUUUUUUUUUUUUCUUCCACUUGCUCUUUACACCAUUCUGUUUGUUUCUUCUUGCGUGUUUCCUUGAUUUUUUUAUGAUUUAUAACCUGUCCAGAUAACACAGUGACUAGCAAGUUUUCAGAUUCAGUGCACCAUGAAGGAAAAUGUCAUGGAUAUUGUUUAUAUGUUCAGAGAAAUGAUAUUCCAUGUAUUAGCCAUCACUUUUAAUACAAAAACAGGAUUUUGGAACUAUGAAAUGACCACUUGUUACAACACAGUGUUUAUUUAUUCUUAUUUUAAUUUUUACAAACUUGUCAGCAGAAAUAAUAAUAACAAGAAAUCAUGAUGCCCGAAAAUGAAUUUGCAUCAUGACAAUGACAGAACCUUAAGUUACAUUUAAAUUGGAGGAAUACAAAGAUCAGUGGUGUACUCUAUAGACAGUACACAAUAUUUGACAGAAAAGAAAUCUCCUUGUACUGAUUAUUUUUAGUCUACACCAAUUUGAAAAUCCUCUUUAUGUCCAUCCUAAUGUAGAUUUGAUGGCUUAUUUCAUAGCUUCAAAAUGUUUUGCUGCUAAAACAGGAUUUCCAAACAGGUGGUUAGAUGUUGCCCAGUCUGAAUUUUCAAAAUGUCUCCUAACUUAGUUGAUUCUAGUGGCCCUCAUCUGUUUGGUUUUUAAUGAAAACUUAAUGAUAAUAAUAUGUAGUAAAUAGUUUACUAUUAUCUUGCUAAUGGGUAGUUUAAAUAUUUUUAUUUUAAAUGUCAUCUUAAGGAGACAUUUCUGAACAGGAAAUACUAAAAACAUGUCUUGUUGCUCAACACUGUAUGAACCAGGUUUGUGUGAAUCACAGACAUUUUGAAAAUCCGAUGGGCCUGUCUCACUUCCUGUUUGUGAACAGUUUUCUUAUUUAUACAAGAACUCAUUUUGUACAGUUUUGUUAGAGGAAAGAGGUUUUGAUAUUUGGUUUUUUUGCAAAGCCACUUGGCUACUUUUGUCUUCCUGUGCCAGAGUUGCUAAAAUUGUCUGUAACUUGUGUUUUUUUUAUUGAUUGAGAUAAGAUUUUCCUUCUUUCUUGGUUUUCUCUUUGAAUUUGAAUAUGUCAGUUUUUCUUCCUUUUUUUUUUUUUUAAUAAAAGUCUUGUUUCAAUGA